UUUGGCUAUGAUCAAGGAGUUAUGUCUGGGGUCAUCACCGGCCCGCACUUCAUUAGCUUCUUCCAGCAGCCUACGGCGCUGGAGACGGGAAGCAUGGUCGCCACGCUCGAAAUUGGCGCGUUCAUAACGUCCGUAGCCGCUGGCCGCGUUGGGGACGUGAUCGGCAGGAAGGGCACGCUAUUCAUCGGCGCGCUCGUCUUCACACUUGGGGGCGCUGUCCAAACCUUCACCACCGGCUUCGUCGUCAUGGUCAUAGGGCGCAUAAUAAGCGGCUUCGGCGUCGGCCUGCUCUCCACCAUCGUCCCGAUCUACCAGAGCGAGGUCUCGCCCCCCAACCAUAGAGGCGCCCUCGCAUGUGCCGAAUUUACGGGCAACAUCUUCGGCUACGCGUUCUCGGUGUGGACGGACUACUUCUGCUCGUUCAUCGACAGCGAUAUGGCGUGGCGGAUACCAUUGUUCAUUCAAUGUGUUAUUGGCGCGAUCUUAGCCGCUGGAUCGCUGGUCAUGCCCGAGAGUCCGAGGUGGCUCAUCGACACGGACAAGGACGAAGAAGGCAUGCGGAUCAUCGCCGACCUGCACGGUGGCAACCUCGACAACAUUGAGGCGAAGGCGGAGUUCCGCGAGAUCAAGGACAAGGUCAUGUUCGAGCGCGAGGCUGGCGAAGGAAGGUCGUACGGCGUCAUGUGGAAGAAGUAUAAGCGGCGAGUUAUCCUGGCCAUGUCUUCGCAGGCUUUUGCGCAGUUGGUCGGUAUUAACGUGAUAUCGUACUAUGCUCCCCGCGUCUUUGAAGAGGCGGGCUGGCUUGGGCGCCAGGCGAUCCUGAUGACAGGCAUUAACGCCAUUGUCUACCUUCUCAGCACUCUGCCUCCAUGGAUCCUCGUCGACCGCUGGGGUCGGCGCCCGAUACUGAUGUCUGGUGCCGCCGUGAUGUGCAUCGCCUUGGGCGCGACCGGAUACUGGCUGUACCUCGACGUCGCAGGCACGCCAAACGCGGUUGUGGCAUGUGUGAUUAUAUUCAAUGCGGCGUUCGGCUACAGCUGGGGGCCGAUUCCAUGGCUUUACCCGCCUGAGAUCAUGCCGCUGACCUUCCGCGCGAAGGGUGUAUCGAUCUCGACGGCGACAAACUGGGCGUUCAACUUCGUCGUGGGCGAGACAACGCCCUAUUUGCAAGAAGUCAUUACAUGGCGGGUGUACUUCAUGCACGCGUUCUUCUGCGCGUGCAGUUUCAUAUUGGUGUAUUUCUUGUACCCCGAAACUAAAGGUGUUGCCCUCGAGGAGAUGGACGCCGUCUUCGGGGAGGCUUCGGAUGAUAUUCACCUCGGUGGCGCACGGGAGGAGCGCGCGGCUUUCUUGCCAACGUAUCCGCCCGCCGCGCCCUUGGCGACGCAUAUGCGGACGACGAGCCGGUCGGAGGGAAGCUGGUUAGGCGGUCUUUUCAGCCGAAAUGGGAGCCGGAAGGACUUGCCGUAUGAGCCGUUGGCGGAUGAGGAGAGCGGGCCGCCGCGAUACCAGGAUGAUGUGGAUGCGAGGGGAGGGCGGUAUACGAUCGCGGACGCUGAGGAGUUUGAGGUUCUGGAGAGGGAGGAGGACGAAGAUGAGCGGAUGAGACGGUAGGACGGACAGGCGACAAGGGCAGGGCGGGCGGCAGCUGCUGUGCUUAGCAGUGGCCGAAUGUUGGUAUGUUAAUGCGCCUUAGGGGUGGUGGCGCAGUUCACGUGUAUCCCUAGUGGCUAGAUAUCUGCAGCCUAUAGCUAAGUCUAUUAUAAUUUAUUUGCUCCGUUCGUCUCCCUUGUAGUGCGGACGGGACGUCGGCGG